AUGUCGAUGAAUCAUGAAGAAUUAGUGCAAGAGAUAGAGACUAUUGAGGCUAUCUAUCCAGAUCUGUUAAUGGAAAAAUUAUCAGAUUGUACAAUUAUUAGGAUUAAAAUUCCUCAGCACGAAUAUGUCACUGUGCAAAUUUCAUUCCCUAAGGAAUAUCCUUCAGAGCAGCCACCGAACGUGUUAGAAGUAAAUAUCAAUAAAAAUAGUCUUUCGUAUGAUCCUAAGUAUAUAUUACAUCUAUUUCAAGAGGUUAUGAAUUCAGUGUACCACAAGGAAGUCUGUGUGUUCGACUUUUUAACAGAACUAGAUGGUGUGUUAUAUAUAGAGGAAGAUGGAGAUGAUAAUGACUAUGUAGAGGAUACCAAAAUGCUUGUUCCCCUUGAUCCGUUUGAAGGAUGGGUUUCUUCGGAACCUAUUACUGAUAGGAAAUCGACAUUCAUGGGCUUUGCUACUCGUGUCAAUUCAGAAGAGGAAGCGUUUGCUAAAUUAGAACAAUUAAAGAUGGAUCCUAAAAUUCGUAAAGGUAACCAUAUAAUGUCAGCAUGGAGAGUAAAACAAGGUGAUAUAUCUUUCCAGGAUUCUGAUGAUGACGGUGAAACUGCAGCAGGAUCACGUAUGCUUCAUUUAGUGACCAUAAUGGGCAUCUGGAAUAUAAUGGUAGUCGUUGUACGUUGGUUUGGUGGUACUCAUAUCGGUCCAGAUAGAUUUAAACAUAUCAAUUCAACUGCUAGGGAGGCUAUACUGAAGGCUGGUUUUGAAAGGAAAGAAUAA